AGUUCAAUAAAUAAUAAAAAAUAAAAAUAAAAAUAAAAAAACACUUCUGUGUGUGUGUGACCUCGCGUCCAUCACUUGAUCUGCUUGGACAUUUGACAAAACCCUUCUGAUUUACGUUUCCAUAUGAUUGUUCUGUUAUUUUCAGAUGAGUAUCUGAUGUUACAGUUAACACUGGCUCUUGUGCUUUCUGGGAACAUCUCACUUGGAUACAGAAACACUUGAAUUGUAAAUACAAUGCAUCUCUAUGAAAACUAUAAACACAGAAAGGUACAUUUGAGAAGCAGAACAGCAGAAACUGUGCAGAAGCCACCAUAUGCAAACGAACUGUUCUGAUAUAAUGUAUCUAGUAAAUAUUUGAUGACAGCCUGAAUUAGAAACAUGAAUCGAUAAUAUAUGCAGUGUCGUUUUUAUUUAUUCAUAAGUGUUUAUUUCCCUCAUUUUUUUGUCUAUACAUAAAUUCAUUAAUAGCCUGUUUGUUGAGGCUGUGAAAGAGCACAUUAUGUCGCUGCUGUUUGAUCAUGAAGUCUAAAGAGAAUAGGACAUCGGCUUUUGUUACCAGGAAGUGGGUCGCGUUAUUUAUAUUUCAACACUUGCGAGACCGGCGCGAGGGCGCGCGCUGGUAAUACGAAACUUAUAAUAUCAUUCUGCUCUUUAUACGAUUCGCCGGGAUUGAGGAGCUUGGCCUGAAUGAUGUUUUGCCACUAAGGUUGUAUGGAUAUCCACGAUAAAUCAACGAAAAGACAUUGACAAAACUCGCGCCAGGACACGGCUGCACGCCAGGUGGCGUUGUAAUGAAGAUCCAUGAGAAGAUUGUAACCCAUUACCUGUCCUGCACUUCACCUGUCGAUAAAGAGGGAUAUCUUUACAAAAAGAGAGAGAGGAACACCACUUAUCUGCGCCGCUGGUUUGUGUUGAAGGGGAAUCUGCUGUUUUAUCAGGAGCGUCCAGGCGACCGUAGCCUGUUGGGUGUGAUUGUUCUGGAGGGCUGCAUGGUGCAGGCGUGUGAGACGGAUGGCCAAUUCUGUUUCUCUCUGGUGUUCACUGGACCAGGCCUCCGCACGUACAGACUAGCUGCUGAUGACCACCUCAGCCAGGAGAGCUGGAUCGGUGCGCUGUUCUGCGCUAGUCACAUCUACCUUUCCAUGAUAGUCAGAGACCUGGAGAGACGCUACGAAGAAGCUAGAAGAGACAAAGGCCUUUGUGAUUCCAUCCAGACCUCAGCAGUAACUUCUACACCCAAUAAGAUAAUGGCUUCCUGGAACUCAGGACAACCCUAUUUCGUACAUGGGACUUCCAUAGUGCCCAGAGAUGGGCGGAGCUACAGCACCAGUUCUGUACCACCUCCAUCUAUGCCAAACAGACCCAUCAGCUAUAGUCUUCAUGCCCCUCCUAUUCAAUUCAAGACUACCAAUAAGCGAUCUCCAAAGCUCUGGCCCAAGAGAAAUGCCCAUGUUACACCCUUAAAUGGUCCGGCACCAUCUUAUGGGGAGUGGCCCGUUGUGAACUUUGAUCCUUUGGAAGAGUUUAGUAAACUGCACGAGUACUAUGGAAAUGAGAUUAAGCAACUAAGAGCUGAUUGGCUGAAGAAGAAGCGUGAGGAAGUGGGACGUGUCGAGGAAGACCUCAUUGAUCUUGGCUAGAGCAGCAUCUUAUAUACAUAUAUAUGUAUAUAUAUAUAUAUAUAUAUAUAUAUAUAUAUAUAAUGUAUAUAUGAAUGCAUAUAUCACAUAUAUGCAUUUGUUCAUGUUGUCGUCUAAAUAGUAAAUCUUGUUCUAAAACAAUAGAUUGAUGAAUGUAUUAAGAUGCAGUACUGGUAGAAUCCUGCUGUCUUUUUAAUUUUAUGAAGGCAUGCAGAUUAGCACUGACACUGAUCUUGUGGUGUUUUUUGAUAAAACAUUUCUCAUUUCCUCUCUGUGGUCUCUCAGCCUAUUUCCUUCUCACUUGAACUGUCGUAAAACAGACCCAAACCACCCCCUCUGUGUGCAGACAUUUAUGAUGGCAAGAGUUCAUAUUGGAUCCAAAGUACUUCAGAUACUGUCAAAUGAGGUUUGAUUAGAGACGAUACGUUAGUUGUAGAGUUGUAAAUGCAUGAUAAUAAUAUUUAAUUUGUUGCAUCUUUUAAAAUACGUACUGAGAGAGAGCCUAAUCAAUAAUGUGAUCUUGUGAAGAGGGCGACACAAGUGACUUUAGUUCAGCCUUACAGAACUUGUUUCACACAGUUGAGGAGGUUUCAUAAACAAACUGAAAUACACGCCCUUUAUAUAUUCUUCCUCUUUAACAACAUCUCAAUUCUUUGGGGAUGUAGAUGUGCCUUUUUUCUUUUGGUUUCUAGUGUACUCAACACAUUUGGAACAUUAAACACAUUAGAAGCAAGGUUUUUUUUGUAUUACAGUCAUAUCAGUAAGCAUCAAAAUAAACUGUCAUGUUUGUAUGCAUUAAGCAUUUCAGAGGUGCAGCUCUUCAUACUGUAGGUCAGCAGAGGGCACUGCACUUCACCAACAGUACUACUACCUUUAUUCAGCCGUGCUUCAGGUACAGGGGUCACUAAUAAUAUUAUUAUUUAAUGUUCUAUAUGUAAUUAUAUAUAGAUGAUAUCAGUAAUGUUGGACAUGUUUUUAUUGUAUAAAUGUUUUAUAUAUUCACAGUUUCUAUGAUCACCAUGCUCAGUGUGUUGUCUUAAUUUAAUAUACAUCAAUUUUGUUAUAAUACAUUUGAUUUAAUGAAUUUUGAUGCUAAUUUGUUUAGGGAUCAAUUUGAUUGUUUUAUCUAGUAUUUAUCCUCGAAUGUCAAUUCUGUAAAAAUAAGUUUAAUUUAAUGCUAAGUUUAAUUUACUAAGUUACAUUUUGAGUCUGUAUUUCAGCACUGCAUAUUGCACAGCAUCAGCAAGAACAUUUUUUAAAUCAGUAGGGCUGUUUGGUUUAUUCAAUGUUAGUGUAUAUUUUAUUGUACUUUAUUCAACUUUUAUGGUGAACUAUUAUAUUAUUGUAUCAAUCAAAUUAGAAUAAAAGUCCUGUUCUGUUAA